AUGGUCAGCAAGCGGAAGAGAGUCCUCGAGGACUUUGACCCUAAUAAAUCAGACCCCGAAGACGAAAACUUCGACCCCACAGAAGCUGGACCACCGCGAAAGACCAACAAGAAGAGCAGCCGUUCUCGUAGUGGGAGACCCGGUCGUCGACGUAAAAACGGGUAUGGUGGAUCGGAUAUCGACGACGACGAGGAUGAAGUCUCCGAUAGUAACGAGGAUGACUUCUUCGACGAGGAUGACGAAGAAGAGGAUGACGAGGGAGCACCUGUGAACGCAGCUGGUCGCCGUGCCAGGAAGGCUGCUACCCAACACACCACCUACUUCGAAAGCAGUCCCGAGCGCGAGGCAGAAGAAUCAGCUACCGAUGAUUCGGACAAUGCUGGUAAUGAUGGUGUCAAGCCUGACGAAGAUGGAGACAAUAAGGAGGAUGACGCCGAGGGCGAGCCUGUCGAGGAGCCUAUCGAGGAGCCUAUCGAGGAGCCCGUCAGACCAACCAGAUCUAGAGUCGUCAAGUUGAAACUCAGCAACAAUGCCCCUGCGCCCCGUAGGGCAACUCGGGCUCACACAGAAGAAGCUGAGGAAUUCUAUGAGCUCUCCAAUUCUGGAAAACAUGCUGUUCCGUCACGAGACUCAAGGAGUAGAAGUCCCGAGACAUUUGCGCGGAGCACAAGAACCACACGUGGUCUCAAGGGCCUAAAGAACGCCCCCGAGACGAUUCAAGAGGUUACGCAGGAGAGCAGCUUCAGGGAAGUCAGAGAAGCUGACCAGCCGGACGAAUUGACUCAAGACCCUGAAGAGAUUACGAAACAAGAGGCCGUUGAUCAAGACAUGCAAGACGCUGCUGAUCAAGAUGCACCCGGAGAAGACGCUCCUGUCCAGACGGUAGAAGAGGAUGACGAUGACGACGAUGUGCCUAUUACGCGUAGGACUCGUGGAAGUCGCGCCAAUGCUUCCGCCCAACCACAAGAAGCCGAAUCCGACGCCGGCCCCAGGAAGUCUCGUCGCUUGACCCGCAAAUCUAGCAAGAAGUCUCAAGAGGUCAGCAGUGAUUUCGAGCCUGGCGACGAAUCCGACGAUGCAGAGGCUUCUGACGCAGAGAAGCCCCGUCGUCAAGAUCCAGACGACGUUGACAGCCCGGUUCCUCGAGGUCGACGUUCUCGACCUGCCAGAUCUCGUCGUGGUGGAGAUUCUGGAGAUGAAGAACCCGAUUUUGAUUUGGAUGAAUUGAACGAAGAAGCUCGAGAACUUAGGCAGGACUCGCGUUCUCGUCGUCGCCGUCCAAGGAAGGAAUCACCCAUCGUCUACCAAGAAAAUACUCGACGAGCAAGAACACGCGUCAACUACUACAUGCCGCCUCUCACCUCGGCUAACAUUGAGGAAGAAGAAGCUGAGGCACCCACAGCACAACCACGUGCUCGACGCGGACGCGGCGGUGCCAGUCAAGGCUGGGAACGCAGCCUCAACACCACAUUUGGGCCCUUCGGCGGAGGCGGUGGUGCCGGCGCCCUUCUUAAUGGGCCCUGGGGCACUGGUGCAGCUGGCGGUGUUGAUUCGGACAGCAGCGACGAUGAAAUGGUGCACCGUUCUAGCGUCGCUGGAAAUGUUGGUAUGACUCCGACGUCUGCAGCUGCACCUGGUGGUUUGCUUCCUGGUGCGCCUGGUAUGAACCUCGAUGGGGCUGGUGCGGCACCCAACGUCGGCAAAAUCAAGGAUCGCAAGGCUCUCGCAGAUGCUGACCCCUUGGGUGUUGACCUGAAUGUUGACUUUAGCAAGGUUGGUGGUCUGCAAGGACAUAUCGACCAGCUGAAGGAAAUGGUGCAGCUGCCCCUACUAUACCCCGAGCUCUUCACCCGAUUCCAUGUUACUCCACCACGCGGUGUUCUGUUCCAUGGUCCACCUGGAACAGGUAAAACGUUACUUGCUCGCGCUUUAGCCAAUUCGGUUGGCUCUGGCGGUCGAAAAAUCUCAUUCUAUAUGAGAAAAGGUGCCGACGCUCUGAGCAAGUGGGUCGGUGAAGCCGAGAAACAGCUUCGUUUAUUGUUUGAAGAGGCGAGAAGAACCCAACCAAGUAUCAUCUUUUUUGAUGAGAUUGAUGGUCUUGCCCCGGUUCGAUCUAGCAAGCAGGAGCAGAUUCAUGCCUCCAUUGUUUCGACACUCUUGGCUUUGAUGGAUGGUAUGGAUGGCCGUGGCCAGGUUAUCGUUAUUGGUGCCACCAACCGCCCUGACAAUAUUGACCCUGCUCUUCGUCGACCCGGUCGAUUUGAUCGCGAGUUCUACUUCCCUUUGCCUGAUAUUGAAGGUCGAAAAUCAAUUCUCAAUAUCCAUACGGCAGACUGGGGACUCUCAAACCAGUUCAAGGACUCGUUGGCUGAGAAUACGAAAGGCUAUGGCGGUGCUGAUCUGCGAGCUCUCUGCACUGAGGCCGCCCUCAACGCCAUUCAACGAACGUAUCCCCAAAUCUACGCCUCCAAGGAGAAGCUUGUCGUUGAUCCUGAGAAGAUUGGUGUCCACGCGACUGACUUUAUGUUGUCUAUCAAGAAACUCAUCCCCUCGUCAGAACGAUCAGCAACAUCUGGCGCUAAGCCUCUCCCCAAGUCAAUAGAACCUUUGCUUCGUGAUCAAUUGGCAGCUGCCAAGUCGGCUCUCGAUGGCCUCUUGCCUCGCAAGAAGAAGUUGACAGCCCUCGAAGAAGCCAUGUACGAGCAAUUCGAUGAUGAUGAUCACGGCUUUGGUAGGGAGGCCAUGCAACAAGAGUUUGAGCGAUCUAGAGUGUUCCGCCCUAGAUUUAUCAUAUACGGCCAGAGCGGAAUGGGCCAGAGCUACCUCUCAUCUGCCAUUCUUCACUAUUUUGAAGGAGUUCAUGUCCAAAACUUUGACCUCCCCAGCAUCUUGAACGACGGAAGGGCCAUGGAGCAAGUUAUCGUCAGUCUGUUCACAGAAGUCAGGCGGCACAAACCUAGUGUAAUUUACAUUCCCAACAUUGAGGCCUGGUAUGCUGCGCUGCACAACACCCUCGCUCUCACCACCUUCAAGACUAUGUUGCGAUCCAUUGCUCCUACCGAUCCAGUACUUCUUUUGGCUACGGCAGAAGGCGAUAGGGAUGAACUUCCCAGCGAGCUCAUCCGUGACUUCUUCGGGUUUUCCAUGAAGAACCAAAUGAGGAUCAACAACCCCAGCAAGGAAUGCCGCAUGGAAUACUUCAACACCACACUUCAAUAUGCCAAGAAGAAGCCGCGCGAGUUCCCCGACCCCGAGAACCGCAAGAAGAGGGUUCUGGAGGAACUUCCUGUUGCCCCUCCUAUCGAGCCUGCUCCCCCAACCAAGGCGGAUAUGAAGGCUGCACAGAAGCGGGAUCAUCAACUGCUCAAUGCCCUCAAAAUCCAGCUUCAGCCUAUUAUGGACCAGAUCAACAGAAAGUACAAGAAGUUCCGACAGCCUGUAAUUUCUCCUGCUCAGAUAGAAUACCUCUUCGUCGAGUCAGAGCCCAACUUUGUACGACCGGAUAUAGAAGUUGGCCAGCUCCGACCAUACGAGAUCGUCAAGGACAAGUAUGACAAUGAUGUCCUUCGAGACACCGCGAGUGGCAAGUGUUAUUAUAACCUCGAGACUACUACUAUUGAGGAGCGCUUGUCGAACGGUUUCUACGCUCGACCGAAGGACUUCCUAUUUGACAUCAAGGCUCUUGCCAAGGAUGCCAAAAAUAUUGGAGAUAAAGAGCGAACUCUUAAGGCCAAUGAACUUCUCAGUAACGUCGAAGUUGAUGUCGCUAGUAUCGAGAACCAAACUUCUCAAGUUGACUGGGAAGGGUUAUAUCGACGCCAACUCCAACGAGCCAAGGACGCCAUGGAGAAGGAGCGAAAGCGAAAAGCGAUGCAAUCACUUGUAGACCGUGUCCAGUCUGAUCUGGGUGGUAACGAUAGCGAUUCUCAGGGGCCUGUUACCCUCGGAGUAGUGGUUCCAGGAUCGAGAACGACCGCAAGGUUCCAAGUCAGAAGCCCGUUUUCGAACGACUAUGGUACUUCAGGCCAGGACUUGCCACUUCUGAGCAACGGCAUCAACAACAUGAUUGGGGAGGACACCCAGAUGAGCGGCAUCGACAACGAUACCCAGGCGCUCUCCGAAAUGGGACCUCCGCCCAAGUCUCACGAGCAACUCAGUGUAGCGCAUACGGGAAUGACGCAAAUCUCGCAAAGGUCUGUGGUGACAACAUUGCCACCAGGAGUUUCGCCCUCAGCCAUCAUCAACGAGGCAUCAACGACCAAAACAUCGGACCCUUCAACCCACCGCUCAUCAGACUUCAGUCAGAUGACCAACGGAGGCCACGGCGAGAGCCGGGGGGGCGUUGACGAUGACAGCCAGGUUGAUAUCCCUGACACACUGAUUAUUGGGCACAACACUUCUGGAGAUGACUCGUGGCUGCACUCUCAGGCUCAGGCUGCCGCUGCAGGUGGCGCCCACAUGCAGGUCUCGAAUAUUUCCGACAGUCCCUCUUCGGCGCGAACAUCAUUGGGUUUCAAGGCCCAAAGUGUGGGCGGCGUGGCAAGCAUACUGAACGACCAUAUUUCUGACGAGCAGUCUGCACGUAACUCUGGUUCAUCAACUUCGGCUUCUCAACCCCUGGGACUUGGGGAAGUAGAAGGGAUGUUGAAUAACAUAACAGGGGCGACGAGUGGCUGCACCAUCGAGCAGCUCGAACAGAUCAACCGUGAUCUUAUGGACGAAAUUUGGCGCACAAGAAGCGAGUGGAACCGCAGCAGAGUCAUGGACCAAGUCAUGACGGUGUUCAACAGGACGAUGGAGGAGAUUGAAGCGUUUCAAGGAAUUGAGCCACCCAGCCAAACUCGUCACUACUAG